CUAAUCGUUCUACUUAUAUGCCUAGGAAAAAUCUCGCGUUCUUCGUCUCCAUGCACAUUUCUAGCCCAACUAAAAUCACCAGACACUCUAAACCCACAACUCGUUGCUACAGAAAAUGGAUUACAGAGUUUUUCUAGUGUUUCUGGCGAUUUCCUGCUCGUUCUUUGCGUACGCCGCGCUAAGUCCAGCCUGUGAGGAACUGCACAAACAAUGCCGGGAUCACCUUGCAAAAGAAAGGCCUGAAGUGGUGAAAAUGGAGACGCUCGCUCCUGGAUCUAAUGCAACAUGGCCCGUUACGGAGGGAACCCUUCAAGAAUACCGGGACAGGGGCGACGCAUAUUGCCGACGGGUUAACGAAAGCGCCGUAUAUCUGAAAGAUCUCUUUAACCGUUGUCCCGGAUUUCAAGAUCAGCGUAACCUGCUAGCCGACUACUUCACAUGGUACGACUUUGAGAUGCGGAUGGUCUUUGCCAGACUCUGCGGAACGACAGUCGGACCAGUAAAGUUCUUUCGUGCAGUGAAACACUGCUCCAAACAUGGCUUGCGACUGUUUUGGGCUUGCUGUGAGCCUAAUUACUUGGAGGACCAUGAUGUCGAGAGAAAUGCAACCGCCCCUACCGCUCACCGAAAAAUCUGCCAGACUAUCCAGAAAGUAAUGGGACGCAUAAGCGGCCCCAGAGGCCAGGAAAUGUCCGGGAAAUGUGGGCAGGACGCUGUGGACGCUAUUAAAAAGGCAUAUACGGAGUUAUAUCCCGUUCACUGUUUGAACUGACCCCAGUGUUUUCGACAGCGUAACAUUCGAUUUAUUCAAUGCGGCAUUUUAUCUCUGCGCGAGUCAGUUUGGGUCAGUAUGUGAGGCCGUAGUCAGAAGCAGUAACAGCAUUCUUUGAUUUUCUUGUGAAAGUACUGGAAAAAAAUAAAGUUUGUUUUUA